GAGGCUAUCUUUUUGAAGCCUGCAGAAGAAUUUCGACAGCUCGACGUCGUUGUUGGCGACGCAAGGGCCUUCGCAAAUCUGAGAGAAGGGGGAAUUGGCAGCUACGUGUGAAGUUGUUUCGGUGACAGAUUUGGUGCCUCUUGCUCGGAGCUUUUGAUGAGAUGGAGGAGCUGGGGAUCAAUGCCGCAGGGGGCAGCAACGUCGCAGGCCAAGGAGCUCCUCCUCCUGCUGCUUGUGCCCCUCGCUCGCCAUCGCUGCGGAAGCAGCUGUCGCCCCUGCGAGACGAGGGAUCUUCGUCGCCCACAAUUGUGCUGACGCCCGUCGUGGAGGCUCCGUUCGAUGAGCCCAUAGCGCCGUUGCCCCCGCUGGCGCCUAGUCUGCAGCCGUUGCCAGAAGAUCAGCCCUUGACGGAGGACGAAGAGGAUGAGGACAUCGCUGAUGUGCAGGAGGUGGAGACUGUGGCCUCUGCGUUCGAUCGAGUGCCGCCUCGGCCAUCGCGAGAGUCAUCCAGCAGCAGGUAUUCUCCGUUGCCGUGGCAGGGCCAUUUUGAUGAAGAUAAGAUGGUUGCCAUACCAGAUUCUGACGAUAUUUUCCACGUGUACUUGGCUGGAACUGAGGGGCCAGUUGUUUUCUGCCUGCAUGGUGGUGGAUACACCGGGCUCUCCUUUGCAUUAAUUGCAGGAAAGAUGAAAGAGAAGGUGCGUGUGGUGGCAAUGGACAUGCGGGGACAUGGUCAAUCUAAAACAAGUGAUGACACUGACUUGUCAGCUGAGACCCAAUGUCAAGAUGUUUUAAAUGUUGUGUCUGCUAUGUACGGAAGGGAACCUCCAGCGAUUAUUCUGAUCGGACACAGCAUGGGAGGUGCAAUAGCUGUGAGAGUCGCCGCCAAACGUGCUUUGCCAACUUUAGCAGGCCUUGUUGUUAUUGACGUAGUUGAGGGGACAGCAAUGGCUUCACUUGUCCAUAUGCAGAGAAUUCUUGCGAAUAGACAGCUCCAUUUUCCUUCCGUUGAAAAAGCUAUUGAGUGGAGUGUAAGAGGCGGUGGUUCGCUUCAAAAUCCCGAGUCUGCACGUAUUUCGGUCCCAUCAACCUUGAAAUUUGAUGCUGAUAGAAAAUGUUACGUGUGGCUCACAGCUCUCGAGGAAUCUGAAGCUCAUUGGCGAGGCUGGUAUGAAGGUUUAUCAGAGGUGUUUCUGUCUUGCCCAGUGCCAAAGCUUCUCCUACUGGCAGGCACUGAUAGAUUAGACAGAUCAUUGACCAUUGGACAAAUGCAAGGAAAGUUUCAGAUGAUAGUUGUUCGUCACACUGGACAUGCAAUUCAGGAGGAUGAGCCUGAUGAGUUCGCAGGAGUGGUGCUUAAUUUUAUUGCAAGAAACCGGAUUGGUACAUAUGGUAUUGAGAUUCCUGGCCUUCGUCGACCUGUCAGUUUGAGGUCUUCCAACUAGUAAUUUGUUGCGUGAGGUUCUUACUGAUAGUAACUUUUGGUUGCUCUUGUCAAUCUUAUUACAAUUUGAUUCCCUUUUAUUAGAUUAUGAUGUGAUUUCAUUCUUCUUUCUAUCUGCCCAUAUAUCAUUUUCAUGAUGCAA